AUGAUCAGGACGAGCUGCGGGAAGACCAGAUAUCGCCCAGCUCGAUCUUCUCUCUGCGCCGUCUUACGCCCACGGCCACAGGAAACACAGCUCGGCGACAUACAGCUACGUGGCUUCAAGCCGUCUUACAGGUCGCACUGCCUCGUCUCUCGCAGUGCCACCGCUGCCGGUGCUGCCUCAAAGACACCGUCUGCUACCGUUCACCACCACUAUCACCCCACUGCUGCUAUUGUUUGCCUCCCGAUAGCUCGACCAGCUCGACCAGCGCUUGUACUUGCACCUCCAGCCGUCACGAUGGGCUGCCAGACCAGAUCGCAUGGGCAUAGCCAUGGCCACGGCCACCACCACCACCACCACCACGACACCACAUACCUGACCUCGAAGAACAAGCAGGAUCCAGGGGUACGCAUCACCAGAAUAGGCCUGCUGGCGAACCUGGCCAUGGCGAUUGGAAAGGGGGUGGGUGGCUACGUCUUCCACUCACAGGCGUUGGUGGCAGACGCAUACCAUGCCCUGACAGACCUGGUGUCAGACUUUAUGACGCUGGGGACGGUAUCGUGGUCGAACAAACCGCCCUCGUCACACUUCCCCCUCGGGUACGGAAAGAUUGAAACUCUUGGAUCACUCGGGGUGAGCGGACUGCUGCUCGUUGGUGGUUUGCUGAUGGGGUUGAAUGCCGCCGAGGUUAUACUCACCCAGUUCUUCCCGGACGUUGCGGACGCUGCUGCACACCUGGGCCUGCUCGGACACGGCCAUUCGCACGGUCACUCUCACUCUCCGACAGACCAGGCAUACGGGCCCAAUAUCAAUGCUGUAUGGCUGGCUGCCGGUUCAAUCGUGGUCAAGGAAUGGCUCUAUCAUGCCACCAUGAAAAUAGCAAAGGAGAGAAAGUCUUCUGUCCUUGCAUCCAAUGCCGUUCAUCACCGAGUCGACUCGCUUACUAGCAUAGUCGCCCUGUUGACGAUCGGCGGCGCACACGUCUUCACUGACGCUACAUGGCUGGACCCAGUGGGUGGGCUGCUCAUCUCAAUAAUGAUCAUCAGGGCAGGGCUAGGUAACACCAAGGCUACUCUGCUAGAACUAGCCGACGCGGGCGUCGAGGAAAGCAUGGUAGACUCGGUACGCAAGUAUACCGCCAGGGCCAUCGCCGGGGUCCCCGAUAGCGCUGAGAUCGAGCUGCGGAAUAUACAGGGAGUCAAGUCCGGCCCCAACUAUCUGAUGGAGGUCGACCUGGCCGUUCCUGGCUCGUGGUCGGUUGCCCGCACUCGGGAGAUCGAACGGGUGAUUCGGGAGCGAGUGGGAGCACGCGUGCGAGGUGUCAAGCGUCUACGGGUGCGCUUUACUCUGAACACGGAGAAGGAGCUUGAUUUUGCUGAAGAGUUCAUUGCGCCUGAUAUUAGCCCCAGGAGCAGCCCUGAACCAGAGCCCGAGACGAAUGGAAACGGAACCUCACACGUUCAUGUCAAUGGUAAUCGAAGACGAUAUUAA